GUGGGUCAAAGUUGAAAGUUCAAAAUAACUAUCGUAUUCCCUCCGUUCGCGAGAAUGGCUAAACAUCAUCCAGAUUUGAUCUUUUGUAGAAAACAAGCUGGUGUUGCUAUUGGAAGAUUGUGCGAGAAAUGUGAUGGAAAGUGUGUGAUCUGUGACUCGUAUGUGAGGCCUUGCACACUGGUGCGCAUCUGUGACGAGUGCAACUACGGGUCGUACCAGGGGCGCUGUGUCAUAUGUGGAGGUCCCGGGGUGUCUGACGCUUACUACUGCAAAGAGUGCACCAUCCAGGAGAAAGACCGAGAUGGAUGCCCCAAGAUUGUGAACUUGGGCAGUUCAAAGACUGACCUUUUCUAUGAACGGAAGAAGUAUGGCUUCAAGAAGAGGUGAAGACAGGCCUGUCCAACGAGUGCUUUGCUUCUGUUUUUUUGUAUGAACGUUUUUACCUUUGUGUGUGAACAUAUUUUGAUAAUACAAUAAAGCUUUAUUUUACAUUA